AUGGUUGGAAACAUUGCCAAUCUACCAGAAUAUAGGGCGAAGCUUCUCUUGAUGCAAGCGGCAAUCCAAUUGGGAGCCGAUGCUUUUGCCGAUAUUACGAUGGCGAGUGCUCUCUGUCUCGCUGUGUAUGAAAUGUUGAAACUUCGUGAGCCAAAUAUGAGCCACGGUGAUCUUGUCCUAGCCUCUGAAGUCUACUUGAAGAAUGUGGAUGACCCCUAUCCUCCGACUGGGUGGGAGAAUGAACUCACAGAGUUCCAGGGACGCCAUUUCUUUGUGAACGAGACCAAGUCAACAGCAUCUUAUGCUGGGCAAAGAAUAGUGGCUCCAGAAGAAUGGUCACGACAGAUCCUUAAAGUUAAGGCUCUCAUUGAGAGCCAGUUUGCUCAGACUCCAGAUCCGGCCACCGAGGAAUAA